CAACCUUCCUCCGGGAAUGGUCCCCCCUCCACCGCCACAGUUGCUCCCUCGCCCUUCCCAACUCUGCAUGCCGGUCCUCCCUCUCACCUCACGGGGCGUUGCAUGAAGACGCUACCAGGAGAGCUAAGGACCCCAAGCACUGGCCUUGAGAAAUGUGGCUCUCGUCCCUCCUCGUGGUAAUCCUGUUCUUCGAGGUGGGGACCUCCAUCCCUACCUAUCAGAAGCUCUAUGGGGAGGUGACCUCCCCGCUGUACCCAAAGCCUUACCCCAACAACUUUGAGACAACCACGGUGAUCACAGUGCCCAUGGGGUACAGGGUAAAACUUGUCUUCCGGCACUUUGACGUGGAGCCUUCUGAAGGCUGUUACUAUGACUAUGUGAAGAUUUCUGCGGACAAGAGAACCCUGGGAAAGUUCUGCGGGCAGCAGCUGGAGUCUCCACUGGGCAACCCCCCAGGAAGGAGGGAGUUUGUGUCCCAAGGGAACAAGAUGCUGCUGACCUUCCACACGGACUUCUCCAACGAGGAGAAUGGGGUCACCAUGGUCUACAGGGGCUUCCUGGCCUACUACCAAGCCAUAGACCUCGAUGAGUGUGCAGCCCAGCCCAGCCCAGGGCAGGAGGAGGGUCCCCAGCCCCGGUGCCAACACCUCUGUCACAACUAUAUCGGUGGCUACUUCUGCUCCUGCCAUCCGGGCUAUGAGCUUCAGAAGGACGGGCACUCCUGCCAGGCCGAGUGCAGCAGCGAGCUGUACACGGAGCCCUCGGGCUACAUCUCCAGUCUGGAGUACCCACAGCCCUACCCAGCGGAUCUGCGCUGCAACUACAGCAUCCGUGUGGAGCGGGGGCUCACUUUGCACCUCAAGUUCCUGGAGCCUUUCGAGAUUGAUGACCACCAGCAAGUGCACUGCCCCUAUGACCAGCUCCAGAUCUAUGCCAGUGGGAAGAAUCUGGGCGAGUUCUGUGGGAAGCACAGACCUCCCGACCUGGACACCAGCAGCAACGCGGUAGAUCUGCUGUUCUUCACGGAUGGGUCAGGGGACAGCCGGGGCUGGAAGCUUCACUACACCACCGAAAUCAUCAAGUGCCCCCAACCAAAGGCCCUAGAUGAGUUCACCGUCAUCCAGGACCUGCAGCCUCAGUACCAGUUCCGGGACUACUUCAUUGCCACCUGCAAACAGGGCUACCAGCUCAUGGAGGGAGACCGGGCGCUGCUCUCCUUCACCGCCGUCUGCCAGGAUGAUGGCACAUGGCACCGGGCCAUGCCCUGGUGCAAGAUCAAGGACUGUGGGCAGCCCCGAAGCCUGUCUAACGGGAACUUCCACUACAUCACCACAAAGGGGGUGAACACCUAUGAGGCCUGGAUCCAGUAUUACUGCCACGAGCCGUAUUACAAGAUGAAGACCAGAGCUGGAAGCAAUGAGGCAGUGCGAGGCAUGUAUACCUGCACAGCCCAGGGCAUCUGGAAGAAUGAGGAGGAGGGAGAGAAGAUUCCUCGGUGUCUACCAGUGUGUGGGAAGCCCGUCCACCCAGUGGAGCAGAAGCAGCGCAUCAUUGGAGGGCAGAAGGCCCACCUGGGCAACUUCCCCUGGCAGGCUUUCACCAACAUCUAUGGGCGAGGGGGCGGGGCCCUGCUGGGCGACCGCUGGAUCCUCACUGCUGCCCACACCCUGUACCCCAAGGAGCAGAACAUGCAAAACAAUGCCACCGUGGACGUGUUCCUGGGUCACACCAAUGUGGCAGAGAUCCUGAAGCUGGGCAAUCACCCCGUCCGUAGGGUCAGCAUCCACCCAGACUACCGUCAGGACCAGUCCCACAAUUUUGAGGGGGACAUUGCCCUGCUGGAACUGGAAAAUCCUGUCACCCUGGGCCCUAACCUCCUCCCUAUCUGCCUCCCUGACAACGAGACCGUCUACGACAGGGGCCUCAUGGGCUACGUCAGUGGCUUUGGGAUAACGGAGGACAAGAUUGCUUUUGACCUGAGGUUUGUCCGUCUACCCGUAGCAGAGCGAGAGGCGUGCCAGAACUGGCUCCACACAAAAAAGAGUAAUGAUGUGUUUUCCCAAAACAUGUUCUGUGCUGGGGACCCGAGUCUCAAGCAGGAUUCCUGCCAGGGGGACAGCGGAGGUGUUUUUGCAGUGAGGGACCGCCACAGUGACCGCUGGGUGGCCGCAGGCAUUGUGUCCUGGGGCAUUGGCUGCGGUGAGGGAUAUGGUUUCUACACAAAAUUACUCAACUAUGUGGACUGGAUCAAGAAAGAAAUGGGGGAAGAGGCCUGAGCCCAGAAUUCACUGGGCUGGAACCCAGUGGGCAGUGCAGGAGAGUGGGGUGGGGGAAACAGAAACAGUUGUUGAUAACCACUUAAGAACCCAUAUUAAAAUUGCUGAUGCAGAAAGACAAUGCGAAAUAAAUUCUCUUUUCUAUAAGUCCUACCCA